AUGCCGGUAGAUACAAUACAAAUAGUACCUACAACAAUAACGGAUCUUGUAAAAUGUCCUGAUUUAGAUAAGUAUGAUGUCUCAUCUCUCCAAGUUAUGAAUUGUGCAAGUAUUCCCAUCAGCUCUGAGUUAGUAUCUGUCACUAAAGAGAGAUUCCAGAAUUUGCAAUGCGUUACCCAAAUAUACGGUCUGACAGAAUCGGGCUGCAUUAUCAGAGAAGAUGUCAAGACUGGGAUAAAUAAACUUGGGAGUGUUGGAGUUGCCUGUCAGGGAACAGUCAUAAAGGUGGUUGACCUCGAGACUCAGAAACCCGUAGGUCCGUAUAAACGUGGCGAGAUACGCUUCAAGUGUUCGUACUUGAUGUCUGGAUACAUCGGUGAUGAAGAAUGCGCUUAUUUAGAUGAAGAAGGGUUCUAUAAAAGCGGUGAUGUGGGUUAUUACGAUGAUGAAAAGUAUUUCUUCAUUGUGGACCGGAUUCAUGAAAUCAUAAAGUACAACGGUUACACGCUAUCACCAUCUGAAAUAGAGAAUACGUUACUGAAACAUCCAUCCAUCAGAGAGGUUGGUGUAACUUCCCUACCGUUCAGCGAAGCCCCAGUAGCGUUUAUAGUACGGCAGACAAACUGCGCGAUCAGCGAGGAUCAAGUGGCUGAGUAUCUGAACUCUAAAAUGCCAUCCGUUACGAUGUCGGGAGGUAUCAGAUUCGUGGACAAGUUACCCAGAGGGGCAGGGACCAAGUUGAACAGAAAGGCUUUGAGGGGCAUGAUAUAA